AUGGUAUUUGAUAACACAAAUAUAAACACUGAAAAUGAAAAUAAUUCCGAAUUCAAUAAAUCAAACCCACAUAUAGUUAUAUCGUCAUUUAUAGAACAUAUUGAUAUUGAUAGAAACGAUGAAGAGUAUAAUGAGGAUUUUAAAGGAUCUUUAGUAUUAUUUAUAUUUGGAUUUUUUAUUCUAAUAACAUGGAUUAUUAAUAUUAAAUAUUUAAAUAGCGAAAAUAAUAAAGCAAAAAUUUUAUCAAGAGUCUCUUUAGUUUUAUUCCUAACUUUAAUAUCAAUUGUUUCAAUCAUAACCUGGGCUUAUGGAAAUUAA